ACUCAGGCCAUUGUGAGGUCCAGUUAGGUUCCCAGCGGCCUGGGAACCAUUGCAUUGAGGUCCAUGCUUUGCUGAGGGGGCCUGAUGCUCGAGGUCUUCCAGAUGCCUGCCUCCUCCCCAAAUCUCAGCGUCCAUCCUGUCAGCUGGGCUGAUCUGUGGGAACAGUCUGGAAUUCUGAGAUGGGACUGGGGUGUGUCGAAAUGCGCUAUUUCUGGUGAGCAAGGUGGCCCCUGGUGUGGGGGCACUUCCCUGUUCACAACCAGACCAGAGGUCUCUGUCACUUCCAGUGGGCAAGGGAAAGCCAGAGGCCCCAGUCUGAGGGAAGGGAGACUGAAAACCCUUCUUGGUGAGGAGUGGAGCGCGACUUGGGGUUAAGCUUCAACACCUGUCCCGGAUGCUUACUUGGCAUGUGUCCCGGGCCUGGAGCAAAACAGCCCAUAGCGAGGCUGGGUGGCAGACCCUGGCCACUCACACUGAUGCCCUCCUGCCAUCUGUCGUUCUGUGCAUGGCAGCCCUUCUCAGGUCAGGGCCCCUCCCGGAGCCCUGACUUGCUAUUCCUAGGAGGUAGGGAGAGCUGCCUACCUUUGCAGGGAUGCUCAGGCCUGACCCAGAAGGGUCUGGCCAGACUCCUGAAGUUGUACCUCCACUAUCCCAGCCAGCAUCCCAGCCCCACUGGCCCACUGCUGCGGUGUGGUUCUCACCUGCUGGGCAGGGCAGGAUGCUAUUUCCAUCCUCUAUCCUCCUGGGGCUUGGCUGCCAGUAUUGAUGGCAUCAGGGUUCUGAGUGGCCCUUGGAGGGGUUGCUAUGGUAACAGAUCCUUAGUCUAUCAUCUCGGUGGAGGGGUCUACCUGCCCUCCCCAGGAGAUGGGGCCCCUUAUCCCAGCUGCAGCCUUGUCCAUUGGGGUCUCUGCCUUGAUGUCCAUGGGUCUGCUUGGGCCCCCCUAGUGCCCCCUUGGGGCUGGAGGCCCCACUGCGACUGUCCAGCAUUGUGGCUGCAGGAGCGGUGGGGUAUGUGCUGGAGCUUGGUCUCCUGGACUGAGCAGAAGCAGGUGCAGUCGCCUCCCGGGCCCUUACUAGUUGCCCUGUUGGCUUUAGCGGCCACCGGUGGGACCUGGCACCUUCUUCCUGCCCAGCUGCAGACCAGCAUGUCCGGCAGGUGGGGGCCUUCAGGAAGCCUUUGGCGGGGUGUUCACAGGCAGUGAGAUGGUCUCAGAAGGCUUACCCAAGGAGAUGAUGUGGGCGCUGAGGCCCCAACCCUGGGCAAAGGGGCGUGCGUGGGAGGGGCUUGGGUACCGCCUAUGAAUUCAGUUUGCCAGCUGCUGUCCUCCCUGAAGGAGCAGAGAGUUCUACUAGGGUAGGGGGUGGGGUGAGGGGAACCCGCACGCGGUGAAGGGGCGGGUGUACCCGGGCGCUGGCCGGGGCCAUUCCAGCCCGGGAGCGCGUACUCGUGCAGAGCGCGCGCGUGUUCUGGCCGCGCGUGGCGGCGGCAGCGGCGGGGCAGGCAGCUCCGUGACGCUGCACCGGGCAGAGCGGGCGGAGCACACGGGCCGGGGCGGAGCGGAGUCCUCCGCAGAGCAGCCCCUCCCGGCCACGGCCGCCGACCCCGGCCCCCGGCCCGGCCUGGCUCUAUGGACAGGAGCUCGCUGCUGCAGCUUAUCCAGGAACAGGAUGAGUAGGGUGAAAAUAAGGUGGGGAGACCCCUGGAGGCCUGGCACCCAGGCACCAGUGCCCUGGCAGCUCCUGAGACCAUGUGGGCACAGGGGCCUGGCCCAAGGGUGUUGGGAGACUGCCUCUCCCAGCUGGCUUGGCCCAGCCCUUUGGUCUGUGGGCUGGGCCCACCCUCAGGCCUUGGCCGGCGGCCCCACCCCACCCCAGCAGCUGGACCCUGAGAACACAGGCUUCAUCGGUGCGGACACCUUCACUGGCCUGGUGCACAGCCAUGAGCUGCCCCUGGACCCAGCCAAGCUGGACAUGCUGGUGGCCCUGGCCCAGAGCAACGAACGGGGCCAGGUCUGCUACCAGGAGCUGGUGGACCUGAUCAGCAGCAAGCGCUCAAGCAGCUUCAAGCGGGCCAUCGCCAAUGGACAGCGGGCACUGCCCCGGGAUGGGCUGCUGGAUGAGCCGGGCCUGGGUGUCUACAAACGGUUCGUGCGCUAUGUGGCCUAUGAGAUCUUGCCCCGAGAGGUAGACCGCCACUGGUAUUUCUACCGGCAUCGCAGCUGCCCACCGCCUGUGUUUAUGGCCUCUGUCACCCUUGCCCAGAUCAUCGUGUUCCUGUGCUACGGGGCUCGCCUCAACAAGUGGGUACUGCAGACCUAUCACCCCGAGUACAUGAAGAGCCCCCUCGUGUACCACCCUGGCCACCGAGCUCGGGCCUGGCGCUUCCUCACCUACAUGUUCAUGCAUGUUGGGCUGGAGCAGCUAGGGUUCAACGCCCUCCUGCAGCUGAUGAUCGGGGUGCCCCUGGAGAUGGUGCAUGGCCUGCUUCGCAUCAGCCUGCUCUACCUGGCUGGCGUGCUGGCAGGGUCUCUGACGGUCUCCAUUACUGACAUGCGGGCCCCUGUGGUGGGGGGCUCCGGCGGGGUCUACGCCUUAUGCUCUGCACACCUGGCUAACGUCGUCAUGAACUGGGCUGGGAUGAGGUGUCCCUACAAGCUGCUGAGGAUGGUGCUGGCUCUGGUGUGCAUGAGCUCCGAGGUGGGCCGGGCUGUGUGGCUGCGCUUCUCCCCGCCGCUGCCUGCCUCCGGCCCCCAGCCCAGCUUCAUGGCGCACCUGGCUGGUGCAGUGGUGGGGGUCAGCAUGGGCCUGACCAUCCUGCGCAGCUACGAGGAGCGCCUGCGGGACCAGUGCGGUUGGUGGGUGGUGCUGCUUGCCUACGGCACCUUCCUGCUCUUUGCCAUCUUCUGGAACAUCUUCGCUUAUGACCUGCUGGGUGCCCACAUUCCCCCGCCACCCUGACGAGCUCCCGGGGGCCACACGGGCCAGGGGGUGGCCUGCAUGUCUGCCCUCUGUGAAUGUACAUCUCGAGGCUGCUUCUCCCGUGAGGACAGGUAGCCCCUGUGGCCCACUGAGUCCAGGCUAAGCCUUACACCAGCCCUGGCCCCCCCUCCCAGGCCUGGGGCAGGUAGGACUGCUGGGCCAGGCUGGGUGGUAGAGGUCCCAAGGGUGGCCCCAGAGGAGGCCUUGUCCCAGCCUCCCCCCAGGACUUGCAGUCUGAGCCUUUUUGGAGAAUGAAUAAAUAUUUUACACAGCA